AUGACUUCUGAGAGCAGUUUUGAAGAAUUUAUUAACUAUAUUUUUGAUAGCAGAGUGUAUAAUUAUCCGUCACGAAGGUAUUUGAGAGAUGCAGAUAACCCGUUGGAAGUUUACGAUGACGACGAAUUCCGAAAACAUUACCGGCUUAGCAAAGAUUCGGUUGUGCAUAUUUUGCUGCCUUUGUUGACUAACAACAUUAAUGAAAACGAUCGUGGACUACCUUUAACGCCGAUAUUACAAGUGCUAAUUGCUUUGAGAUUUUACGCAACAGGCAAUUUUCAGAUUGUUUGUGGCGACUUGCACAAAAUUUCUCAAUCCGUAGUAUCAAAAACGGUAGCAAACAUUUCUAAGAGAUUGGCUUUGAAAUCCAGGCAAUUUAUUAAAUUCCCUGCAUUAAAUGAAACUAAAAGAAAAUUCUACCGAAUUGCAGGGUUUCCAGGUGUAAUUGGAUGUAUUGAUUGCACACACAUUCCAAUAAAAAAUCCAUCCAGAGCAAGGGGAGAAAUCUUUCGUAAUAGAAAAGGCUGGUUUUCUAUCAAUGUCCAAAUAAUAUGUGGACCGCAAAUGGAAAUAUACGACAUUGUUGUGCGAUGGCCUGGAUCUGUGCAUGAUUCGCGCAUAUUUAACAACAGCAGAUGCUGUUUGAGAUUUGAAGAAGGCGAUUUAGUUGGCAUUCUUGUCGGAGACAGUGGUUAUGCGCAGACUGGCUUUAUGUACACUCCUGUACUCAAUCCUCAAACAGACCCAGAACACAGAUACAAUCGAGCACAUCUAAUAACGAGAAACAUUAUAGAACGUGUAAAUGGUGUAUUAAAGAGACGCUUUGCUUGUUUGUGUAGAAAAUUACAAAACAGUACACCAAAUACAUGUAAUAUUAUAGUCUCUUGUGCUGUCCUACACAACGUUUGUUUAAUGACCAAUGAACCUGAGCUGAACCCUGAAAUUGAGCUAGAAAAUACAGUACCUAAUACUCAGGACUCUUCCAGAGGGAGUAUUAUAAGAUCGGCUUUUAUUUCUAGGCAUUUCAGUUAAAAAUUCUCAUAUGGGUGUCAUCAACCUACAGCAGUCCACUGCUGAACAUAGGCCUCUCCAAUUGCUCGCCACUGAGCACAAUCCUCGGCUUCCCUCAUCCAGCUCUUGCCAGCCACCCUGCACAGAUCAUCACUCCACCACUUCACAGUUUCGACUCAAGAACAUGUUUACCCUAACAGUUAUCAGUUGUCCGGCUAAUAUGGGUAUAUAAGUUGGAACCGAGCAGCGAGCACCGUUAUUGUAAUGCAGAUAGUAUUAUUUAUUUUGAAGAUGAAUGAUUAAAUUUGAUUUUGUUAAUUUUGAUAAUUUUUUUACUAAAAAAGUAAAUAGUACGAGGUUAGACUUUUGAAACUCCUUAUUUUAUUUAUCUACAUAAGAGUCAUAUUUUGCUAACUAUCUAAUAAAUAAAGUCAAUGUGA